AGUCAAAAAAUAGAUCAGAUACAUGAACGAAUAAAAUUCGAUUUAUUCUAAAUAAAUGUUCUCCUAAAUUCAAAGGCUCAAUCGCUGUGGAAUGAAGCGUCUUGUUGGGAACAACUGUAGGCUGCUGCUGCUCCUGGCACUAAUUUUCUCAGCUGCAGCAUCGUCGCUCAGUGGCAUCAAGUCUAGCAACUGCAAUGAAGACCAGUUCGAAUGCGUGAUCAGCCACCGAUGUAUUGGCCUAGCCUUAACGUGCGACGGCUAUAAUAACUGCGGCGACUACAGCGACGAACGAGACUGUAACUGCACCUCGGAACAGUUCAAAUGCGACAAUGGCAUGUGCAUUGAUCAUCGGAUACGCUGCAACGGAUACGACAACUGCGGAGACUUGAGUGACGAACGCGGCUGCAACUGCAACGCCGAGCAGUUUGAAUGCGAGAACAUAAGCAUGUGCCUGUAUGAAGCAAACGUUUGUGACGGUUUCAACAACUGUGGGGAUUACAGUGACGAAAAGGACUGCAACUGCACCUCGGACCAGUUUGUGUGCGUGAGCUCCGGCAUGUGCGUUAACCAAAUGUAUGCGUGCGAUGGUAUGAACAACUGCGGCGACUACAGCGAUGAACAAAACUUGUGCAACGGCCACAACGAUUGCGGCGACUACAGCGACGAACGAGACUGUAACUGCACGGCCGAUCAGCUAGCUUGUGAAGACAACGGCAUGUGCAUUGAUUGGAUCUUUGUAUGCGACCGACACCCCAACUGUGAGGACGGCAGCGACGAGAGAAACUGCACGGGUCUCUGCACGCACGUUGAAGUGCAGUGCUCGAACAGGAACCAAUGUAUAUACGAGUGGGAGGUGUGCGACGGCUACAACAGCUGUGGCGACUAUAGUGAUGAGCAGAACUGCAACUGCACAGAUAAAUUCGUGUGCGAAGAUAGCGGCAUGUGCAUUCAUAAUUUUCAAGUAUGCGACGGCUACCUGCAAUGCGACGACUAUAGUGAUGAACGAGACUGUAACUGCACUACUUAUGAGUUCAAGUGUGGCAACGGCAUUUGCAUUUCUCAAUGGUAUUUAUGUAACGGGUACGACAACUGCGGAGAUAAUAGCGAUGAACAAGGCUGCCCGACUGUGCUUCCAGGAGAAUGUUACCCGUGGUUGUUCACAUGCGAGAACAACGGCACAUGCAUUCCGGCGGAGUGGGUGUGUGAUGGUGACAGCGAUUGUGAAAAUCGAACCGAUGAAGUGAAUUGUACAUGCACUUCGGAGCAGUUCGAGUGCGACAACGGCUACUGCCUACGGCCGUGGUUGAGAUGCAACGGCUACAACGAGUGUGGCGACUUUAGCGACGAGCAGAGCUGCAACUGCACGGCAGACCAGUUUGUGUGCGAGGCCAGCGGGAUGUGCCUGAACGCGUGGAGUUUGUGCGACGAAGUUGACGACUGCGGCGACUCCAGCGACGAGCAAAACUGCGCGCAAAUGGAGGAUGGCGGUGGAGUGAAGGAUGGCGGGGGAGUGAAGGAUGGCGGGGGAGUGAAGGAUGGCGGGGGAGUGAAGGAUGGCGGGGGAGUGAAGGAUGGCGGGGGAGUGAAGGAUGGCGGGGGAGUGAAGGAUGGCGGGGGAGUGAAGGAUGGCGGGGGAGUGAAGGAUGGCGGGGGAGUGAAGGAUGGCGGGGGAGUGAAGGAUGGCGGGGGAGUGAAGGAUGGCGGGGGAGUGAAGGAUGGCGGGGGAGUGAAGGAUGGCGGGGGAGUGAAGGAUGGCGGGGGAGUGAAGGAUGGCGGGGGAGUGAAGGAUGGCGGGGGAGUGAAGGAUGGCGGGGGAGUGAAGGAUGGCGGGGGAGUGAAGGAUGGCGGGGGAGUGAAGGAUGGCGGGGGAGUGAAGGAUGGCGGGGGAGUGAAGGAUGGCGGGGGAGUGAAGGAUGGCGGGGGAGUGAAGGAUGGAUGGCGGGGGAGNCUGCGGCGACUAUAG